AAAUAACUGCAACUAUUAUAGGCGGUUUUAAAGAAAUUGGAGUGCUGUCAAUGGAUAUACAUUUGUACAUUAUGGGGGAGCUGUUGUGAACAGGAUCUAAGACGUGCAACCAAAGGACAAGUGGGCCGAGAAAGUAAGUGCAGUUCUCAAUGGAAUUGCUUUGUCCAAACUUAAAAACAAUGUCAAGAUUUGUAGUGUAGUGACUUUCUAACAAGGGAGGGGGAUGAGAUAAUCAGGAGUGAAAAGGAGUAAUUUCCAAGCAAGCCACACAGAGGAAACUUGUGCAACUUUCAUGGGCAGGGCUAAUAAAGUAGUACGUCUCAUGCUCACAACGCUGGGCUGCAGCCAGUUUUUCUGCCUCAAAUCAGGAAGUGAAAGCAGAAAAAAGAAAGAAAGAAAAGCAACGCAGCUUUGAGAUCUUUCGAGUUGCUCAGGAAAACAUUAAUACAGGCUGGGCACUUGGACUUGUUGCUCAGAUGAACAUUUCUGUCCGCUUCUGACAUGGAUUGAAUAGAGAAUCACAUAACACUGGGAAUAUUUAAAGGAAGAAGAGAAAGUGAAAGUUUGGAGGCAAAACCCGGUGUUGGAGAGCAGUCGCAAGGGGACAGUUCAGAACACUCAGAGGCAUGAACCCAUAGAUAAAAUGGCUCAAGUGUCUCUUUGGAGUUAUGUGUCCAGAAUUGGUCCUGAGAAGUUUGAAAAUAUGUACCAAGAAUUUCCAAUAGAAGUUCGGAGUCUCAUGGCUGAUUUCUUGGAGAAUCAACCCUGGGAGUAUGUCACUGGAUCAGAUUCAUUCUGCUUGGAAUUGGCAAAUACUUUGAUACAGCGUUUAUUGGAAGAACUUAAGAAGAUCUCCAGAAAUAGUGGAGUUGCAGUUCAUCUGAUUCAUCAGUAUGUACAGAGGAUAUCAAAGCAGGAUUCAGUGCAGACAGUGCUGCAGAUUAAAUGUCUUCUGGAAAAUGAAAAGGCGGUGGUCUUGAAACAGGUUCCACGCUUAAGCGUGAGCCUCAACCAGAGAAAGGAGGAAAUGCAGUUCAAUGUUCAGAUAAUGAAGCUAAAGCAUAAGUUACAGCAAGUUACAAUGGUUCAACAACAGUUAAGAGAUGCAAAGAAGAACAUGGGCUUUCACAAUCAAAUGCACAACGUGGCAAGUCUACAUAUGCAAUGGGAAGUGCUCGUAAAGGAAUACUUUCAAAUUUUGGAGAGUGCUCAAACUCAGGCCCUUAAAAGGAUCAGUAUCUGGAAAAGACAGCAACAGCUUGCAGGGAAUGGUGCCCCAUUUGAUGAGAAUCUGAUUCCCCUGCAGGAAAGAAUGGAAACAAUAUUUGCAAUGUUUCAAGAUAUUGAUCGAGCAUUGAAGGACUUUAGUUUAUUGGGGGAGGAGGUGCCAUCAGGGCUUCCUGAAAACAUGAACAGUUCCCUUCGGACUCUCAUUACAAGUUCUCUCUUGGUUGACAAACAGCCCCCACAAGUGCUGAAGACACAGUCAAAGUUCCAAGCCAGCGUGAACUUCUUGCUUGGAUCUCGACUACUCAGUAGUUCCCCCAAAAUGCCUGUAGUGAGGGCAACUAUCAUAACUGAAAAAAAAGCACAGGAGCUCUAUCAGACACCUAUCGGGGAGUCCUGGAAUGAGGGCGCUGGUGAUAUUGAGAAUGGGAAAUCUGUCCUGGAGAUUGCGCCAAACUCCAAAACGUGUGGUGCUGUUUUCAAAAAUUUGUUGCUGAAGAAGAUAAAACGGUGUGAGAGAAAGGGUUCCGAAUCAGUAACGGAAGAGAAAUGCGCUGUGCUGUUUAUAGCUGAAUUCAACCUGAACUCCAUAAACACAACGUUCCACAUACAAGCCUUAUCCCUACCUGUCGUGGUUAUUGUUCACGGGAACCAGGACAACAAUGCUAAAGCCACCAUUCUGUGGGACAAUGCUUUCUCAGAGGUGGAACGUCGCCCCUUCUUUGUAGAGGAAAAGGUGCCCUGGUCCAAGAUGUGCCACACCCUUAAUAUGAAGUUUGUUUCUGAAGUGGGGACAAAGCAAGAGCUGCAAAGAGAGCAUUUUAUGUUUCUUGCCCAAAAGAUUUUCAAUGACAACAGCUUAAAUGAUGACCAAGACCGGAUGGUUUCAUGGUCUCAGUUCAAUAAGGAGCCUCUUCGGGAAAGGAACUUUACAUUUUGGCAGUGGUUUGAUGGUGUUGUGGAUCUCACCAAAAAGUGUUUGAAAGAUUAUUGGUCUGACAGGUUGAUUAUAGGCUUUAUCAGCAAGCAGUAUGUUCACACGCUACUAAGUACUCAGCCUGAUGGAACCUUCCUCCUGCGUUUCAGCGACUCGGAGAUUGGUGGCAUCACCAUAGCACAUAUUUUAAAGAGAGAGGACAACUCAGCACAGAUCCAGAAUAUCCAACCAUUCACUGCUAAAGAUCUGAACAUUCUUUCUCUUGGUGACCGCGUUAGAGAUCUGAAACAGCUAAAAUAUUUGUACAGUAACAAAUGCAAAGAUGACGUCUUUGGAAGACACUACUCAAAAAAAACUUCCAAAACGCCUGAUGGAUACACCCCAACAUUGAUAACAUUAAAGGUUGCUGGCGGGGAUACCACCAACCCAGUUAACCCCCUGAUCAGUAACGAACCAACAUGGCCGGUUAAUGGAGUGGGAGCAAUUGGUAGUAUCUCACCGCCGCCGCCACCACCACCAAGACCCUUACAGCCACCCAUCUUUCAUCACGUUGAAGGCCAUCCUACUCCACCCUACUCCACUCCAGACUUUGUACCCAUGUUGCCUUAUCCUGAGGGGUGUGAUCCAGGAUUGCAGUGGAAUGGACCGAUCUUCAUUCCUCCAGUGCAAAUCAUGCCGCCACAACCCUUUCACUCGCAAGAACCAUUUCCCAACAUGGUCCUAAACCCAAAUGAUAUCAACAUGAUGGACGAACUCCAAACCAUCGAGGACGCCUUAGGAGAGGAUUUCAGUUCAUCCCAUGUGUUGGCCCCACUGAGCAUAGUCCACGAUACAGAUACCAACUGGAUGGAGUGAAUGCAAAUGCCCGGACUCACUGCAAUUUUGUCUCUCCCCAUAUACAUAAACAUAAUAAGCUCUGCCGCCUGUGAAACUUCAUUUCUAAGUGCAAACCAACAGAUCCCAACUUGUAACUGCUUACAAUAUAUGGCUCGUGUUUGAAUCUCUUUCCCUUUUGGAUAAAGAUGAUAUUUUGCAUUAUGGUAAAGAGAUACAGCGGGGAAGAGGUUAGUUUUAGGAAUGCAGGAAUAUGAAUUCAAGCCCACGUGAAUCAGCCUACAUCUUGAUCUGCAGCUUUCUGGCAAAGACUAGGCUUGGCUUCAUAGCAUCUGGUGUUCUGCGUGGGCAGCACUAAGCAGGGUGGUUUUCAGGUCUGACCUUUCCUGUGUGUGUGUAGGCAGCACUCCUAAACACUGAAUUCCUUUAGCAGAGAGCUAGGGGCUGGGGAUUUCUGACUGCCUGCCUUAGUGCUCUUUGAUAUCAUUAAACGAUUUUAUAUUUCAAAUGCACCUAGAGUUUCCUUUUGCAAAAUUGACCCAAAUAAUUCAAUUACAAUAGCUUUAUUACUGGGAUUUCUAUCCGAACAAAUGCUAUAUGCAGUUGUUUGGCCUCAAUGCAUCAUGUUCAUGGAUUGAUUUUUUGUUCUCCCCGCUCUACCGCUGCCAAGCCAAAAAGAAUAAAGGGAAAUGGGGAGCCCUGAGACACCCGCAAGCUUUUGACUAUACUUUUAUUUACAUUCGGAUGAACAGAUCCAAUGGUCCUGGAAAAAAUCAAGAUGACAGGAGAACAUUGUGAUGGAUUGGAAAACCCUGUACAACAUGAAACAGAGCCGCAAGUUUAUAUUGGGAAGAUUAAUUUGCUCUUUGAUCCUAGAGAAAGCAAACUCGUCGGCUGCUACUGUAUUUGUAGAUGUCUGGCAUAGCACCAUUUCCAUAAUCAUUAAUCCAACAUAACUCAGCUAAGGAAAUAUAAGGAACUGCUUCGGAGAACAACCUAUUAAUAAGCAAAGUAGUAACAAGACCAAGUAUUCGCUUGGGCUUAUUGCAUGGAACAAGAAUAAAAAGACUACACAUGAGAAGGGCAAACCACAGAAAUGUAUUACUUUUACAUUCAAGAUUAUUCUACCUUUAUUACGAGAGCAGAUGUAUUGUAAAAGUGAAACAUGUAUAUCACAGUCAAUUAUUAAAUCUUAUAUUAUUUGU